UUCCUUUGUCAGGAAUGUUGAUGGAUCUGAGCUAGUGAAUCAUCGUCGCUCAUAAUGUGUUAUGAUUCCAUUGAAAUACCGCUAAACCAACCACAGAGCCGACAAUAAUAGGCGUUUGAACAUAUGCAUAGGUGUUAACUUUGAUCGUCAUGUUAAGAAGCGCGUAUUCUCACUGAAUUCCAGAGUACAGACGAAACUUUAACUGGUUGAUGAAUUGGAACCUGAUACCGUUUGUAUUUGGUAUCCAAGCCUUAUCGAAUUUGUUAGUGGUAUGAGAAUGGUUAGUGUUUUACAGCGUGUACUUGAAUCCUUGUGAUUUAGUAUGGCGUUGGGUUUUGAUGGACAUGAGAAGCUAUAGUCUACGUCGGACAACUGUCAUUUAUAAUGGAUGAAUUACAGAAGAGAUCGUGGCAUUUGACACUGACAGUGUUGUGGUGUUUGACAGCUCGGUACUGCUGUCAUGUCGUACCCUUGAACCAUCAGACAUGUGGCCAUUCAGCCUCAUCUACUCACCAGCACGAGGUGUUUUAUGACGUGAACAUCGAACCAGGCCAUGUGUUGAGAAAGCGCAGCGUGGACCAGCCUCUUAGGAUCCACCUUCAUUACGAUGACAGCCUACGGGAACUGCCAGACAAGCUCAGGAAACUAGUGCAGGAGACCGUCGUUGAGGCAGUUCAGUUCUGGCAGGACACUCUGAAAGUGAGAGGAACUGGUGCUCCGAUACGUUUGAGGAAGCAGUGCCACAGCCAGCGAGUGCGGUACAAUGACACGAGGGUGUACUGUGUGGGGGGCUGUGCCAGUCAGACAGUGUGUGGGGACAUCAUCAUCCCAGAGGAACACCUUGAGGGUUGCCAUUCCUGGGACCAGUCCACCUACCUGUAUGACCAUCAGACUGUGUCUGGCGCCGGCGUCAACAACACCGACUUCAUCCUGUACGUGGCGGCUGUGCACUCCCAGCGGUGCAAGCAGGGCAACACCAUUGCAUACGCAGCGCACUGCCAGCAGGAGCGAGUCCUUGAUAGACCAGUAGCUGGCUACUUCAGCAUCUGCCCCAAGUCCCUGUCUCUGGAGAUUCAGGAGAAAAUGCAGCUGCUGUCUACCAUGAAGCAUGAGAUUCUGCAUGCAUUGGGUUUUACAGCCGGCCUGUACGCCUUCUACCGAGAUCAGAACGGAGACCCACUCACUGACCGCAACCCCUUGUCACGCAAACCUUUUGGCUUCAACAGAAAGCUGGGCAUGUAUGUAUGGAGCACAAAUGUUGUGAAAAAAGUGAAACGGAAAAACUGGAAGUUGAAAACUGGGACUUUUGAGAAAGAUGCUAGAUUCAUAGUUACGCCCAAAGUGACAAAAGAGGUAAGGCGCCAUUUCAACUGCUCCACCCUGGAGGGAGCUGAACUUGAAGACCAGGGAAUUGAUGGGACGGCGCUAACACAUUGGGAAAAGAGAGUGUUUGAGAACGAGGCGAUGACCGGAGCAUAUACACAAAACUCAGUGAUUUCCCGCAUCACCCUAGCGAUGAUGGAGGAUACUGGAUGGUACCAAGUCAAGUACGAGAAUGCUGGAAAUUUCGAAUGGGGGAAAAACUUGGGCUGUGACUUUGUACAGAAAAGUUGUUACGAGUGGAUAGAGAUUAAACAACAAAGGCAUGAAAGCAUCUACCCAUACUGUGAGCAGGUGCGCCGCGGGGAGCUGUGGACGGACUGCUCCAACAACCGACACUCCGUGGCUCUGUGUAACCUUGUGGAGUAUAAAGCUGCUCUAGAACCUCGAUACCAGUACUUCUCAUACCUCAAAGGUGUAGCAACGCAGGAAGUAAAAAGAUUCGGAGGCUCAGUUAAACUUGCUGAUUAUUGUCCAUAUCUGCAGGAGUUCUCCUGGACCAGCAGCGAUAGAUCACUACGGGGGUCCAGCUGUAGAGCUUCCCAGAACAAUGUCGGGCCUGAAUCCAACUUCUUCGGGGAGAAGUAUGGCAAUGAUUCUAAAUGUUUUAACCAUGCGGACCGAUGGUACCUGCAGCGGUGCUACUCCAUGGACAGCCCCCAGCACAGCGGCAGCGGAUGCUACCAGUUCCACUGCAGCAGUGACAAUGGACUGAUAGUACAGGUGGCCAAGAAGUCAUAUCGCUGCUACCACCAAGGGCAGGUCCUGAAUGUGGAGUUUGUCUCCGAUAACUACCUGCACAAGGGCAGCAUUGUGUGCCCUACCUGCCAACACGUCUGUGAUGAGAGUGGCAUCACUUGCCCACCGGAUGAAGAGCUGCCACAAAUUCCUGUCCAAGUGGAUGCGCUCCAGGCACCGUGUGCUGCUGACAAACUGGACACAACAUGGCUCCUUGCCUCACUCCUCACAAGCAUUGUUUGCCUCCUUGUGGCUCAUAGCUGAGGCAAGCCUUCACUCUGGGUGUGUGACAGUAAAGACAAGUCGAUGCUCUGUCUCCUGAGUGACUCUGUGUGUCUCGCAUCAUAGACAAGUGUUCACUGUGUCUCUGUGUGUCUCGCAUCGUAGACAAGUGUUCACUGUGUCUCUGUGUGACUCACAUCAUAGACAAGUGUUCACUGUGUCUGUGUGUGUCUCGCAUCGUAGACAAGUGUUCACUGUG